CAUCUCAAUAGGGUCAGCAUUUCAGUCAAUCGGCUCACCCUCGUCACCAUCGACUAAUCGACAACUGAUCAAGGCUAGAUAUACUAUAUCCCGCUGCCUGUCACCCGAUAAUUUGCUCCUUCUUCUUCCUCUAUAUUUCACACCACCCCCUUCGCAGCAUCGUGCUUUGAGUCAGCUCUGACCAAAGACCCCAAACUAAAUAUCGCCGUUUCAACUCCACACGCCAAUACCGACCUCCUCCCUCUUCAUCGCCAAAAUGGAAGCCUCCCGCCAACCCUCCACCAUCCCACCAGCCAAUCCCCCCAGUGUGGAGAUCGCUUACAAGCGCAAGUGCAUAGCGCUGAAGAAGCGACUUGCAGAAGUCGAGGCUGAAAAUGAACUCAUGCGCACCCGCAACCGCCGCGGCUCCCAAUACAUUCAGAAAAUGCGCCUGGAAACCUGCAUGCUUCUUGAGCGUCUGACAAAGGUUACCGGCAUGGCCGACGAGGCAAAGACUGGCUCCGCAAACCCGGAAUUGCGUGCCCGCGCCGCUGCCAUGAUGAAUCCUGCACAGGGCGGAGCUGGUGUGCUUCUGGAAGACGAUACCGAGGGUAGCUCCGAUGAGCAGCCGCGCACACCUGAGGAACGUCCGCUACGCGUUAAGCGCUCUCGCAAGUCCAACGCCACCGGCGCCGAUGGCCAGGAUGAUGAUCUCCCCGCUCAAGAUGGAAACCCCGAAUCUGCAGAUCCGGCUGGUGCAGCCCUGCCCCGGCUCGCGCCGGCUCCGACACAGGAGUCUCUUACUCACUCCUUCCGUGUGCAGACGGGCAGUGGUGGCUCUGCUGACCAGACUCCUGCUGCUGCUGAGGCUGGUCCUGAGUCUGGGACUACGCCAAUGGAUGUGGAUAAGGAGGAGAUUAAGGAGGCUAAGGUUGAGCAGUCUUAGUGACUGUGUUGUGUUUUGUCGUGCGUCUCCUUCUUUUCUUUCUUUGCUUUUUGGGCUUUGCAGAGUCGUGACUGGGACUCUCUGCAGUUUUGUUCGUUUUGAGGGUUUUAUGCAUCGGGUUCGGAUGCGGUGCUGGUCGACUUUGUUUCUAGGUUUUUAUUUUUGUUUCUUUUGGUAGGCCUUGAUUGGGCCUUUCCACUACUCUACGGUCUCCUGGCGUCUAUGUCUGAUAUGAAGUUAUUUCGAGAAAUCCCAUGCUGGAGCAUGGUUGAAGUAA